UCAGUCAAACACUCAAGACAAAUUCUCUCUCCAUGGGCUGUGGCGGCAGUAAACUCAGUGCGGACAUGCUCCCCGGUGGUUCGCAACACCAGACGCGGCUGCUGUACCGCAAUACAUGGCGUGUGGAUGCCGCCAACCGCGUCUUCGGCGCCUGCUACGACGGCAACACCGUUGUGAUCAUCAAUCCGGGUCGUAGCCCUGUGAAGCCCUACAUCCGCGUGCCUGAGGGCACGUAUGCUCUCGUGCAACACCAAGGACGCGACGUGGACUACGUCAAGUCGGACGGCAGUCGCACGCCCGUGUGGCCCCCAGGGAUGCACUUCGCCUCGGUCUUCACCAAGGUGGCCCACCUCGUCACCAAGCAAUACAUUGUGUUCGACACACCCGUUAAGGGUUGCAAGACCGCGGACGACGUGACCGUCGGCAUCGAUAUGUGUCUGAUCCUCCGAAUCAUGGGGGACGAGUCCAAGGGCGAAGACCCUGAGCUCGUUCGCCGCUUCGUGUACGAAUUAGGUCCGAAUGGGCUCGAAGUUCAGCUUCGGGCUGCGCAAGAUGAAGCUGUACGCGCUCUGGCUCGUAGUGUUGAGCACACGGAAGUAUACCAGCUUCGAGACGGCACCAUGCGCGAGAGAUUCAAGACGGGAGCGCUCAAUUUCCGCACCAACCGGCCAGUUAACGACGAGUUCCACUCCCCCAAGAUGAAAAAGACGGAGGAUACUCCGUCGGAAGAGAGGGUGAUGUACUGCGUUACUGAAGACAUCAAGCGCAGCUUGAACGACCAGUUCAACACGUACGGCGUGCAAAUUACCAGCGUUGCGAUCACCAACGUCACCCUUCCGCAGGAAUUCCAGAGGCAGAUGGAGAGCCGUACGACACACUUGAGCGCCAUCAAGGAGCAGAAUAUGAAGCAGAUGAGUGACAUGCAAAUGUUGCAGUACAAAGAGGAGAUCGACACGACCAAACUCAAGCGCAGAAUGAUGUACAUGGAGGAGGAGCAGACGGGUAAGGCCAAGUGUGCUGAGAUUCGCAAAGGUAUCGAUCUCAUCAACGCACAGACGAAACUCACAGACGAAGAGAUCAACCAGAAGACUGCUGUGAUCUGCAACAACCGUGACGUCGAAGCAGCCUUGAAGAUUGCAGAGAUUGAGGCUGAGACUGUGCGUAUCGCGGCUGAAAUUAAUGCUCACUGCGAUGCCGAAAUCGGGCUCAUUAACGCCGAGAAGGCUGCACUGCAAAUGCAGUUGGAGGCAACGACUGAUGAAGUCCGAGUCACUUCGGAGUCAAAGGCUGCAGAGAUCGUCGCUCGCGCUGAAGGAUCUGCUGUGAAAAAGCUGGAGAAGUACCGAGAGCAUGUGCUCGAAAUGAGGAAGUUGGACAUGUUGGGCUCGCUCGCGAAGAACAAGAAGACAGUGGUGUCAGGUGAUACGUCCAACAGCCUUUUGUCGGAGGUGUUGGUGGCGAAUCGUCAGGGCAACGUUAUGCUCAACAUCGACGGGCUGAUGAGUAAAGCCGGCGGUGGCGGCUUCGUCUGAGCACACGAUGGAUAAGUGCUGUUCUACCGAUUGAAGGUAGGCCCCGCAGACUUUUAGUGACGUAUUAUAUAUUUUUUCCAUGUAGUGCUACUAACAAACCAAGUAAUAAACAGUAACCAAGCUUAAAUCGUGUA